UUGGAAGCUGCUGGAAUUCAGGAGUUGCCCUUCCUUCUGCUCCAGAAGAGAUGAUUUCCAAGAAAGUGGUGAUGGGAUCCCUUGUCUGUCUGGGUGUUGUUACUGCUUUUAUCUGGGCUACAAUUGGGAAUAGAAAAGUGCAUUACCUGCCCUACUACCUUCCCUGCCCUGAAAUCUUCUCCAUAAAACUCCAAUAUACAGAAGAGAAGCUAAUCCAGCUUUUCCCUCAAUUAUUUUAUCAGCAGCCAAGAGUGCUGGCACCGAAGCGCCAGGAUGUGCUGACAGUCACACCAUGGCUGGCCCCCAUUGUCUGGGAAGGGACCUUCAAUCCUGAGAUCCUGGAAAGUGCCUACAGACCCCUGAACCUCACCAUUGGGGUGACAGCCUUUGCUGUUGGAAAGUACACGAGGUUUGUGCGUCGUUUCCUGGAGUCGGCCGAGCAGCACUUCAUGAGGGGCUACCAGGUGAAUUAUUACCUGUUCACAGACAGCCCUGGGAGCAUUUCUGGGGUGCAGCUGCAGUCGGGGCGCACGCUGGUCCCCGUCCCCAUCCAGAAAUACUCCAGCUGGCAGGAGAUCUCCAUGCGCAGGAUGGAGGCCAUCAGCAGGCACGUGGCCGAGGUGAGCCACGCUGAGGUGCACUACCUGUUCUGCCUGGACAUAGACAUGGUGUUCCACAAUUCCUGGGGCCCCGAGACUCUGGGGGACAUGGUGGCAGCCAUCCAUCCUGGCUAYUUCCAAGUGCCCCGGGAGCAAUUCCCGUAUGAGAGGAGGAGCUCCUCGGCAGCCUUCAUCCCCCAGGGGGAAGGGGAUUUUUACUAUGGAGGAGCUGUGUUUGGAGGCUCGAUCAGCAAAGUCUACGAGUUCACCAAGGCUUGCCACAUGACCAUCCUGGCAGACAAAGCCAACGGGAUCAUGGCAGCGUGGCAGGAGGAGAGUCACCUCAACAGGCACUUCCUCUCCCACAAACCCUCCAAGCUGCUCUCUCCGGAGUACAUUUGGGAUGACAGGAAACCAAAACCCCCUGAAAUCCACCUCAUACGUUUUUCCACGUUGAAUAAGAACUACAGAGAGAUCCGAGACUGACCAUCUGACCCACCA